AUGAAGCCGAAAAGGCCGUGGCAGGAAAUCGCCAGAGAAGCACAAGAGUAUCGGGAUGCGUCUCUUGCCACCUUCGCCACCGAUGUCCCCGCAGCACUUGAGACUAUCAAGAACUCAAAAAUCAUCCCCAUGGAACUUCUGCAAGUCGAAGAUUUAACUAUCACCGUAUUUCGACCAGAAGAGCUGAUCAAGCUGCUUGCAAACAGAGAGCUGACUGCGACCGAGGUCACGACAGCAUUUCUGCGUCGAGCGACCCUCGCUCAAAAACUCACCAACUGCAUCACAGAGCUCCUUCCCCAUCGUGCCUUAACGCGAGCCAAAGAACUCGAUACCUAUUUCCAGCAACAUGGAAGACCAAUCGGACCACUUCACGGCCUCCCUAUUAGCGUGAAAGAGAUGAUUGGAAUGAAGGAUCUGGGACUAAAUGCCGGAUACGUAGCAUGGUGGGGCAAGGUAGCCACUGAGGAUGCUCACGUUCUGCAGAUUCUCUGGGACGCAGGCGCCGUGUUCCACGCCAGGACGACCCAACCGCAAAGUAUGAUGCAUCUCGAGACAGAUAGUAAUCUGUAUGGAGUCACCGUUAAUCCGUAUAAUCGGAAUCUGUCGGCGGGUGGAAGUAGUGGUGGUGAAGGCGCGUUGAUUGGGAUGUGGGGUAGUUGUUUGGGGGUUGGGAGUGAUAUUGGAGGUAGUAUCAGAAACCCUGCCGCAAAUUGUGGAAUCUAUGGCUUUAAACCCACCGCCUUUCGAAUCCCAACCGAUGGAUGGUGCUCUACGAUGGCAGGCGCAGAUCCUAUCCCUGGCGUGAUCGGUCCCAUGAGUACAAGCCUCGAAGGGAUAAAACUCUUUAUGAAGACAGUCAUCGAUUCUAAACCAUGGCUUUCCGAACCUGCGCUUGUUCCGAUCCCCUGGGACUCGAAUGUCCAACUUUCUGCUGACACGCCGCUUAAGAUUGCAAUCAUGUGGAACGAUGGAGUCGUUACUCCUCAUCCACCCAUCACGCGAGCCCUCCAAGAAGCCGUCGCUCGUCUAAAAACAAUCUCAAACAUCGAGGUCGUAGAAUGGAAGCCAUACCUCCACGACGAAUCCUGGGCCAUAAUCUCAAGCCUCUACUUCACAGAUGGCGGAGCCGAAGAUGCAGCCACGAUCGCCGAAUCCGGAGAACCAUGGCGACCGCUCACAACAUGGAUGAUCAAAGAGAAUUCUGGCGUCAAGAAAUUGACGCCGCAGAAGUUGUAUUAUUGGCAAGAAGAAAGAGAGGCGUAUCGGAAGGAGUACGCGAAAGUUUGGAAUGAGACGGCGACUGGCAAGGAUGAGAAAGGCAGGCUGGAAGGAAUGGUUGAUGCGAUUUUGUGUCCGGUGGGUCCAGGAGUUGCUCCAAAGCAUGAUACGGCGAAGUAUUGGGGAUAUACGAGUCAGUGGAAUAUGUUGGAUUAUCCGGCUGUCGUGUUUCCUGUCGGAUACGUCGACAAGAAUCGAGAUGGCAUGCCAAAUCAAUUGCAGCCGUUGAGUGGGAAAGAUGAAGAGAAUUGGGCAUUAUAUGAUGUGGAUGAGUUCCACGGAUUGCCGAUCUCGCUCCAGCUCGUUGGAAGGAGAUUCGAAGACGAGAAAGUUCUCGCAAUUCUGGGAUAUAUUCUCUCGAAUCACAAAUGA